CCCACAGCAACUGUGUACCUGAGGGUCCCGGCAGGGUGGUCUGCGGGCUGGACCCAGUGGCUUUGCGGGCUGCAUCCAGCCCACGGGCCGUAUUUUGCCCAGCCCUGAGCUAGCUGCAAGGGAAGCAAUCCUUCAGAUCCUGUUUACAUCUGUAUGAGCUUAAUUUCAAAGAAACCACUCCAGUUAAACACAUGCCUAAGGCUAUGUCUAACCUACAAAGCUAGAUCAUCGUAAGUUAGGUUAAUUUACAGCCACCAUAUUAAUUACUGGGGUGCCUCAUGGCCAACCUACCCUCCUGUCCAUGGUAAGCAUCCUCACCAGGAGCGUUUCUAUCCACAGAAGAAGGACAGUGUGGGGGACUGAGAGUCAGGGCUCUCAGCUCCAUGCAGAUCCCCACUGCUGCCCACUGGGGUUUCUUGCCUCCAGUGGGGAGAUCCUCUCCUGGAGUCCAGUCCGUUGCCCUGCUCGCAGCAGGGGGCAGUAAGGUUCUCAACAGGGCACAGGGAGCCCCGACGGCAGCCUGGCUUGGAGUGGAGACCAACCAACAUCCCAGUUUGGGGGCCAGCUUUCUCCUUAACUUCAUGGCUCAAGGUGAGAUGUGAAAUUGACAAGAAUGACAGCAACAGCUGAUGGAAGGAAUGCAGUGUCUAGCAUGAGCCUAACUAUACCAACAUCAGCCCUACACCUCUCACAAAGGUGGUUUUAUUAUGCCGACACAGUAGGGGAGUUACAUGGGUGGGGAGGGGGGAGCAUUUCAGUGCAUACAACUCCAUUAUUUUGUCGACAAACUCCAUAGUGUAGUCAAGGCCUUGAAAUGAUCCUACAUGGACCUGUGUUGAAGAACUAAAGGCCCAAUCUUGUAAGGUGCUGUGCACCCUUUAGGUAUUCACUAAUGCUAGAUCAACUUACUGCAGUGUCUACACCACACUAUGUCGAAGGAACACGCCCUCUCAUUGCUCUGGUUAACAUAUGCCCCGAUUUAAAGUCGAUGGGAUUUAAUCGUGUGUUUAAAGUUAAGCAAGCGCUUCAGUGCUUUGAUGACUCACAUCCGGACCUGCGGCCUAUGGUUCAUUUCUGCACAAAUCCCUUCCACAAGUAAGCCAGGAAAGAUGGAUUCAUUCUCAACAUGCACAUACACCAAGAUGAAAACAGCCACCAACAUUUACAUCUUCAACCUGGCUCUGGCGGACGCCCUGGCCACAAGCACGCUGCCCUUCCAGAGCGCCAAAUACCUGAUGGAGACCUGGCCCUUCGGGGAGCUGCUCUGCAAGGUCGUCCUCUCCAUCGACUACUACAACAUGUUCACCAGCAUCUUCACGCUCACCAUGAUGAGUGUGGAUCGCUACAUCGCCGUGUGCCACCCGGUCAAGGCCCUGGACUUCCGCACCCCCGCCAAGGCCAAGGUCAUCAACGUUUGCAUCUGGGUCCUCUCCUCGGUCAUCGGCGUGCCCAUCAUGAUCCUGGCUGUGACAAAGUCAAAAGAUGGGGUUGUGUUCUGCAUGCUCCAGUUCCCUGAUCCCCCCAUGUACUGGGAUACGGUGACCAAAAUCUGCGUGUUCAUCUUUGCCUUCAUGGUGCCCAUCUUGGUCAUCACCAUCUGCUACGGCCUGAUGAUCCUACGCCUCAAGAGCGUCCGCCUCCUCUCGGGCUCCAAGGAAAAGGACCGUAACUUGCGCCGCAUCACCCGCAUGGUGCUGGUUGUGGUAGCGGCCUUCAUCAUCUGCUGGACGCCCAUCCACAUCUUCGUCAUGGUCUGGACGCUGGUGGACAUCGACAAGAAGAACCCCUACGUGGUGGCCAGCUUGCACUUCUGCAUUGCCCUGGGUUACACCAACAGCAGCCUCAACCCUGUCCUCUAUGCCUUCCUGGACGAGAACUUCAAGAGGUGCUUCCGGGAGUUCUGCCUGCCUUUCCGGUCCCGGAUGGAGCAGAACAGCUUCUCCCGGGCGAGGAACACCACCCGGGAGCGCGUCUCCACCUGCACCCCUUCCGAAGCCCUCCACAAGCCGGCAUGACUAGACAUGGACAGCCACCAACGGGGCUCCCGUGGCCGCAGAGGGGAGGAACUGCACUCAGAGGUGACCCAGGUCACCACCACGGAAUUCUAGCGGAGGUGGCUGGGGGGGACCCACGGGGCUCCUCGAGGACUCUUAAAAAACACAUUUGCAAAUGCUUGAUUCUCCGUGAGCACACCAGGUGAUGGGGGACUGGGCAGGGGCUGUAGUGCAGGAGCCCCAAAGCAACAGAUUUCUGGCUGAAACUUUCGAAGAAUGGUAGAAAACCAAACGGCGGCAUCGGACAGGGAAUAAGGAAGGCCCGCGGGCUGCGAGCGCAUCAUCAGACGACCACCAAACUUGCACCGCAAGGCAGGUUGGAGAUGGGAAGCUCUGCAGCCCACAGUCCCCACCCGCCAGCAGGAAGGGCAGAGUGGGGAGCCAGGUUCUGCUGUCCUGGGGGUGGAGCAGCCCUCUUUAGCUCCCAGGUGAAAUAAAAGCCCAGGUGCCCCCUGAACCUCAGUCAUCACGAUGCAAACUGCAGCACUGCAGCCCUAGGAAGUCUUAUGCCAUUGAAGCUUUGGCUUUUGUUCCACUGACACCAGUAGGUGGCACCUGUGGAGAGAAACCUCAGCCAGCUGCGUGCAAGCUGCUGCUGCAAGGUGCAUCAUGCUCCAGGAUCUGUGAAGCAGCAUUACUGGGGUUCCCCAACUGCCCCAGGACUCUUGGGGAGGAUCCCUGCACCUUUGUGGUGCCCAUUCGGACACCGUAUGCAGCAGGCCACAGUGCAUCCUGCUGAUGCUUUGCUGCUGCUCUCUGGAACAGAUGCUCAGGACCAAUAUUCCCUCUAAUUUUUUUCCAUCUGUGAGUGGAAUAAAUUUUGUUUAGUGCACCACGGUAUGUGCACCACCCGUUGAAACACAUGCUACCAACUGUGGGCGCUCUGCUUAUCUGCCAGGCAGCACCUUACUCUCCCCUGGGUGGCUGCCCAAGGGCACAGCCUACAGAGAACCCGGCCAGGACCCCCACCCCGUAGGAGAGCAGGGCACCCAUUGACUGCCAUUUCCUGUACAUAUGUACAUUCCAACCACCCUUGGGAGGCACAGCCUCGCAGAGGAGGCGAGCAGCAUUCCUGAGGCAUGCGGCUCCUUGUCUUGUGUUCCCACCUCGUUCCUCUCGCCGCAUCGUCAGCACCCUGCACAGUCUUACGCCACGUAAAGCAGGAGCCGCAGGAGACAACCAACACGGAGCUGCCUGACAUCCACGCGUGUCGGGGGUGCCAGGGCCAGUUCCAGCAACAGGCUCUGACGGCGAGAACGUCCACCCGCCACCCACCGCAUCGUGCAGCCUGUGUCCCGGUAGCAUCUGGGAUUGUAGUUAUCACCAGCAGCGUAAGGACGACAGCGCUGUUCUGGGGGGUAGUAAAUGGACCCCAUCUAUCAUCUCUGGGGGGAGAGUAAACACUGAAAAUGAUGAUCCCUCCUGGACUAUUUGAAAAGAGAUCCGGGAUCCCAGCCACAGCCCCCUCCCUCUCGCUCAGGGCCAGCACCAAACCCCAGUCAAGUCGAUGUGGGGCUUUCCCAUGACGUCGGCACGGUUUGGAACCGCCCAGCCAGAGAGAUGGGGCCCCAUACGGCGGGCGAGUCCCUGCCGGGCCCACAGUGGCCCUGGCAUCCGCCCCCAGCUGGUCUCUGGGCCCUAGUGUCUAACCAGGGCUCUGAAGCUAGGAUCCCCAUGCGCUCGCCUAGAUGCUCCAGGGGGCAUUCAGGUGCCCUGCUACCCAGCAGAGACAUCGAUGUGCUGAUCCAGGCGGAACUAGGGGCUUUGCGGCCAUUUCAAAAUCAGGUCUCUGCAAGCGCCAGCUGCAGCCCAGCUCCAUUGGCUGCUCUCUGGGUGCACGUGGCCCUCUGAGCACCAGGCACGGCUCUGCGAGAUGCCGUCUCGUGAGCCCCGGGUGCUUGGUAUUGUACGUUGCACUCACACACAUAGUUCAGACCCUGGUCAGUUCUAGCAACCAGACUCAGGAUUUUCAUUCUCCCUUGGCUAUGAUUACCUGUAUGAUGCCAGGCAGGAGGGGGCCCUGGGCAGCUGGGCCAGGCUCAGCUCUGGUUAGCAGAUAAACCUGCAGAACUGCUCAGCUUGGCAGGAAAUGGGCUAGGCUGGUCCAACGGGGAGGAAAGGUGCCGGCACAUAGAGCUAAACAGAGCUGGUCCAGGCUGGAGGCAGUCCAGGGGCUGCACAAACACUGAGGACCAGAUUCAGCUUGCUGGUAUAAAUCCAACAAUGUUAACAGAGUUCUGUUGGACUUGCAUGGGAGUGAGACAGUCCCAGGGACUGGGGUCCUCGCUCCACAAAACAGAUACAGCCUGGGUUGCCGGCUCAUGCGGCCAGCUACCCACCUGCCAAUGUGCCUUGAUUCUCAUUGGAGGGCACCUUUCUUUGAGGGCGGGGCCUGUGAGAGGAGCUCCGCCUCCUUAGCCCAUUUGGUGCCAUGGCAUCACUGCUGGGAUGGCUCCCAAUGAGGCCCAUCCAACUGGUGGGUUUUGUGAUGUGUCCACCUGCUUGCUGGGACCUGAUCCUACUCCUAUCACACCCAUUCGGGGAGCACUCAGAGAGAAGCCAUCUGUGGUCACUAGUUGUUUGGGCUGCAUUGCAACAUAGAGGUAAAAGGCUCUUUAUCAUAAAAAGAGAGACAUGUAUGUCCAUACAUGCGUGUGUGGACAGAGAGACUUACAGUACAGGAGGCCCCCUACAUGCGACCGCCCGAGUUCCGACCCCCCCGCGCUUACAACCAUUUUUGUAAGUGCGGAAGCGGCCAGAAACCCCAGACUUACAUCCUCGGCCCACAUUGACGACAGGCGCACGGCACCUACAGUAAAUGAGGGCUUGAGUUACGAUGCCCCCGGCUUGCGACGCUUCCCCAUGAAUGGAGCAGGUCGCAAGUCCACUGCAUCUAGUCCUAGUAUUAUUAGUAUUAACCACCACAGCAACUUGCAGCCUCAGCUGAGAUCGGGGCUGCCUUGUGCAAGGUGCUGCACACGCCCCCAGUAAGAGACCAACCAUACUCCAGAGAUCUCACAGUCUAAAUGAACCUGGCACAGGAAUGAUGUGCUAUUUUCCUGGUUUCACUUAUGACAUGCAGGCAGUCUGCAGCAGGAAAUGAUCCCCAAUCAGCUGACCCUUACCCCAGUGCCUUAUACCACACGACUAUCCUCCAUCCCCAUUACGGCUGGCCCUACUCCAUCGAUUUCUAUCCAUUCGAGAAAGCUGCAUGAUACCUACCAUGAACUAUUCCAUACAGUGGGAAGAUAUGAAUUGAGAUGUCCAUCUGGAGUUGAGCUUUGCAAUUCUGGCCAAUCUCUUGAUGUUUAUGAAACCAGAGAGGCCGGUUCAACACAAUAUACACCAUAGGCUUAUUCUGCCCACAAGAGAAGGUCUACACAAUCAGCAUGAAGCAGCCCGAAACGACUUUCCAGAACUGUGUAAUUCUUAAUUUAGCUUCAAAAUAAAAGAGACUUUACGGUACUAAUACUCUGAACUUUUAGAUAAGAACUGUGGCAAUAUUAGCAAAGAGGGAUUAAUUACUGGGAGAGGGGAGGAUGAUCCCUUUUCAGUUGUUUGCAGAAACUGAGGAACAACGUGGUCUGUGACAGUCCACUGUCAGGUCUCAUGAUGCCUUGGCAUUGACAGCAUCCCUAGCCUCUGUUUGCCAGAAGCUGGGAAUGGGCGACGGGAGGGAUCACAAGACGA